AGGACCACCGAAGACCACCAACACCAUGAGAACUGUCCAGUACUGCCCGCUGCUCCUGCUUUCUUUGGUCCUGCUAGCGACUGACAGUAGGCUAAGGACGAUUGUUUUGUAUUGUUUUCUAUCUUCACCUUAUCCCCCGUCUACCUCUUUUAGAUGUCCCCACUUCUUUUUGUCCACCUUUCAUUGCUUGGUGUCUACUUUCAGGUCAUCUCCCCUGCCACUCUUGAAUUUCCCAAAAUAGUCUGAACACUUGUUAUUUUUUCUGUAUUUCUGUCAUCUCAUGAGAGGCAGGGACCUGUUAGGUGAAUUUCUGUCCAAAGUAGCUUUGUUCUCGACAUCAGGACAGGUAAUGCAGGACAUGAACAAAAUGCAAUUAUCAUUAUUUUAAAAAGAAUUCCUUGCAUGUUCAAAAAAAAGAAAGAAACAGUUCAGUUCAAGCUUCUAUUGCCACUUUACAUGAUGUCAUCUUAGCUCAUUUAUGUUUUUCUCGUAGUUUCCCUCUAGUUUUGCUUUGUGUGUGUCAUCCUCCUCUUUAACUAGCAUGCACGUCUCGCCACUAAUCUCUUAAUAGGCCUGCAGGCUAAUACUUAUUGCAUGUGUGUGGAGCGGCUGUGCUGUGGGGAUAGAUUGAGGUCAAGUGCGAACAGCAAAGGGGCGUUUAUAUGUCAUGUCAACACAGAGAGGGGCACACUCAAAUUCCUACAAGACAUUUUGCUUUGCUGUUGUUUUUAUUGUUUUACUCUCAAAGUUGCGCUUUUAUCUGUACAAGGGCUGAAAGUCUGAUAUUUUAGUGAUUUAUUACUUUUUAUUGUGUCUGAUUAAGUUGAUUUGCUGGUUUUUACGUCCACAAUUGAACCUGAAUUUAUUUUGAGCGCCUGAUCAACUUUUCUGUCCGGCACACCAUAACCGGAUGGCACAAGAUGAGUCUGGUGUUAUUUUGAUGGCCAAGACAAGAUAUGUGCUGCUACCGAGAAUGUUUGAAGUCACGAUGAUUCCUGUAAGCCCAGCUUGGUUUGAUCCUCUUAGGAAACAGCAUUACAGGCUGUUUCUGAAGGACCAUUUUAGAAUUUAGAAGAAGGAUGGUGGUUUUCACAAGGAAGCGUUCAGCUGCUAUUUCAAAGGUCAGCUAGUUCUCAAACAAGCGAUCCCUCCUCUGGAGAGCUUUAGAAAGGCAUUUACAUGUUUUAUGUUCUGAAGCUUGAGGUAAAGUUUAAAAAGAUGUUUUUAUUAAAUCUGAGCGCACUUCUCUGUUUGAUUUAGGGACAACUUGUCUGAAGGAAGCGAUCAAUCAGUGCUGUCUUUUUACUUUACUCUCACUGUGCAUCAGAGAUGUGAAGUCACCGUGUCUCCGUGUACCAUGUUCAUCAGACACAGAGAUCAUGUGUUGAUAAUGGUACAAAUAUCCUGAGUUGAGGCCUUUGUUUACACUGCAUGAGCCGAACUAACAAUGGAUCGCAAUCUAUGAUAAAUGUGAACAAGCAUGUGCACAAUGCACAAUGCAAUGCAGUCCAUUCCACAAUAGCUGUGUUAAGAACCACUUGUACCAAUGUCUAGAAAUGUGUUUUUAAAGGACAGAAAUGGCAGCAGUGACCUUAGCAGACCCUUCACAGUAUAUAUAUAUAUAUAUAUAUAUAUACACACAGAGAGAGAGAUAUUUGAUGUAACAUCCUACAUUCGGACCAGUCUUCCAUCGACUGCAGCAAUAACACCAGGUGAGGCUCUGCAAUGUUAUUCCUGCAUGGGCUCCAACAACGAAGACUGCAACCAGCAAGGCUCCAAAUCUUGUCCCAGCUACUCUGAUGCCUGCGCUGUGGUGGUCGGCCAUGACAGUGGGGUGAUGAAAUCAUGCUCCUACAAGUCUUUCUGCAGUCAGGCCAACAGCCAGGGCUACAGAGCCCCGGGGGUCAAAGUUCACUGCUGCUUCGGGGAUGACUGCAAUAUGAACAGCUUUGCCUCCCGUCUGCCAAGACUCAACUACCUGCUGCUGUUUCUGCCUCUGUUGUUCCACAGUUUUUUCAAGUAGACUCAAAUUCCCGAUGCCAACAAGAAUCCAUCUACAACACAAAUGACAACUUGUGUUCUCAUUUACUCCAAAAAUGCCAAAUUACCCUGCCUGAUCUUACACUGUACACACUGAACUACAACUCCAGUCUGCUUUGAUUUACCAGUAUGCAUCUAAACAGAAGCCUUUACAUUAGGGAAACACUGUACAUGGAAGAGCUUGAGGUGUUAACCAUGUGGAUUAUACACACGUCGUUGGAUUGACUCCAUUAAGCAGUGCUCAGGAGAUGCGUCUUUCAAUGGAUUUCACUGAGCUAAUAACGAGAGGAUCCCAAAGGACGUGCUGGUAGAGGUAAUUUAUUUCCUGCCCAUAUUUAUGCCGUUCCCCACUUUUUGGUGUGAUACUCGUGAAACAAUGUGUGAAACUACAGGAUGAAACGAACAAGACUCGUCUUUCUGCGUUUUUUACUAAUCACGUUUCAUGUUAAGCUUCACUGAACCCAUCUUCCUCUUCACCUAAACCGACGCGUCCAAGUGUCUCAGCAUUGCUGGUGUCAAUCACACGUGUGAGGAGCUGUGUGGGAUAUUUUGGAAGGCAAAGAGAAAACACUCCUAACACAAAUCCACGUAACCCUUUAACAUGCAAGGUGUGUUACAGAGAGGAGGUUAAUCCACUUGGUUUUAAGUCGCUUAAAGAAUUGUAAAGAAAAUGUAAUUUUAAAAUGAAUAAUGUCUAUUUGGUUUAAUGUCUAAAUGUCUCCAUUUUCUGUUUAUUGUGUAAUUUUCUUGAAAUUCAUGUUAAGAAAAGAUUUUUUUGACGAUAUGAUGUACAUUAAAUACAACAAUCUGCAGCUGCGGGCAUCGUAACACAUUUAAGUACAAACUAUGUAUACGUUAUGUUAAUAAAGUAUAACAAGUUC